AUGGAAAGAACCAAGAAGCAUCUGGCACUUGGAGAAGUUUCUAGCAACUACUGCAGUGACUAUUUCAGGGGACCUGGCAGCACAGACACAGCCUACCACAGUAAUCACACUGGCAUCUCACAUGCAAUAGCCGGAGCUGACACAGUAAAGCAGCUAGACGUGUGCCUGGCUGAAGUCGCUGUCCCCACAGUCACUUAUGAGCCUUCUGUCAAGCUCACAGCCGAGGUCCAUGCUCUUCUCUUUCUAGAUGAGCGGAGGGACUCAUGGGGCUUGGAGAAGACAACUGUGAUCAUGACAUCGAUGGGCAACAAAAGGACAACAAAAGAAGGAUUCGAUGAUUUGAGAUUCCAGAACUUCUCUCUGCUGAAAAAUAGGUCAUGGCCACACCUCAGCAGUACCAAAGGCCGGUGUCGGGCGGUUCUCGAACCUCUUCCGGAUCAUAGAAGGAACUUGGCUGCAGUCCUGGAUGGAGGAAAAUGCCACAGUGAUGAUGACUAUGAAGAUCCUGAGCUCCAGCUGCUAAAGGCAUGGCCAUCCAUGAAAAUUUUACCAGCCAAACCUAUACAGGAAUCAGAAUAUGCAGAUACACGCUACUUCAAGGAUAUGAUGGAGGCUCCCCUUCUGUUACCUCCCAAGGCUUCUGUUCCCAUUGGGAAGCAAAUCUGGAAUAUAGGGAUGAGGCGACAGGAAGAAGUCUUUUACAGGGACAAGCCCAUCUCCAAGGAUGUCAGAAGCCAACGCUUUAAAGGAUUCAAAUACACAGAGGUGAACAAGAUUCCUGUGCCGCCUCCACGGCCCGCCAUCACCCUCCCCAAGAAGUAUCAACCCUUACCUCCAGCACCACCAGAGAUCAGUGCACACUUUCCUCCGAGACAUAUCAUUCCAGAAGUCCAGAGGGGGCUCAGGCAGAUCAGCUCAAAAGACUUUGGUAAGGUCCUUGGAGCCAAAGAAGGAUCUUAUCACCAGACAAAGCCAGGACCUUCUCACCCAUCACAAAACCAAAACCCUCAGAGGAGUCCACCUGACAUCACCAGCUCUUCCUACAUGCCAGCAAAGCACACUGUACACGUCAGAGACCAUACAAGCAUCAUGCAAUGCUGUCCUCAGAGAUGCCAAGCUGCAGCCAGCCACAGCCCUCAUGAUCGUGUGCUGCCCUAUGAAAACACAAACACGGAGAAACCUGUCCCCACCAAGCCUGAUGAAAAGGAUGUCCAGCAGAAUAAAUGGUACGUUGGAGAAUCCAGUCGCCAGGCAGUGGAAGAAGUGCUAAGGAGAGAGAACAAGGAUGGUACCUUUUUGGUCCGAGAUUGUUCCACAAAAUCCAAGGCAGAACCCUAUGUUUUGAUGGUGUUUCAUGGAAACAAAGUCUACAAUGUGAAAAUUCGUUUCCUAGAGAGCAAUCAGCAGUAUGCUCUGGGGACAGGACUCAGAGGAAAUGAGAUGUUUGAUUCUGUGGAAGACAUCAUCGAACACUACAAAUAUUUUCCCAUUAUACUAAUAGAUGGGAAAGACAAGGCUGGUGUGCACAGGGAACAAUGCUACCUCACCCAGCCACUGCCCUUCAGCAGGCGCUUUCUGACUCGGUACUCUAGCCAGGCACUUCAUGAGUAAGCAGCCCAGCCAGUUAUUUCCACAUUGGCAUCCUGGACCUUAGCUCAUCCUUAGCUCAAUGGAGUCAGUGCUUCUACCAUCUGCAUUUAUCUCAAAUUUAUAUUGUCUGUGUCUUCAAGGGAUGACUUUUUUGACUCUGUACAAAAGAAAAAUAUUCUGUAAUGGAACUUGAGAGCUCAAUUAUGCCUUAAAAGCUUGAGUCAUAGAAGAAAUUUUUGCAACAUGAAAAUAGCAAAUGUAGGUUUUGAAAAUAAUUUUCUAAACAGAAAACUACAGACUUGGCUAUCAUACAUUAGCGAUGAGUAGCUAAUACAAGAUCUGAUAGCUUCAAUGUUUGCACCAAGUGUGAGGUCUCCAAACUGCUACUCAGUACAGGUUAUCAGGCUGACCUUCUUUCAAAACCUCUUGCCCUAGGAUGCUAAUUUUUGGAUGGUCCUAUAUGCUAAACAUGACAGUGAAUGUUAGUUAGCUCUAUUUAUCUGUAAUCCUAGAUGUUCAAAAUACAAGGAAGAGAUGUGGCAUGAGGAAAAAAGCCCUGGUGAAUACCAGCUUGAAGACAGAGAAGAAAUAUGUGGACUGUGAUGUGAAAUGGCCACAGACUCAGACUUCAGCCUACUCUGUAAACAGUGACUUCAAUGGAACUAGCAGAUCCAUAGCAAGGAACACAGAGCUCAUCCGAGCCAUAAAGCAAGCAUUCAUUUGAGUGACAGUGAAAAUGUUUUGAAUAGUUUAAUGAUGGCAUUUCCAUUCACAGGAAGAGAAGAACUGUCCUCAAAAGAGUACUGAUGCUUAUAACAGCAUAGCACAUCAUGAUAUUGUCUCUUCUCAGGCAAAAAAAGAUUUGCAUGUUCUCCUACUUCAUAACGCAGAUGAGGCAGGGUCAUUCAAAGGUCUCAUUUAGUAUAAGACGUGAGCCUGGACUAUAACCCAACUUUCCUGUUCCAUGACACUGCAUCAACUCAGAUAUACUCUCUAAUCUAUGGACUUUUAUAAUUGAGCUAUAAACUUUUAUAAUUAAAGCUACACUUUAAAAAUACAUAUUUAUCCACGUUUACCCUUGUAGUACAGUAACUUCACCAAAAUAAAGUGCAAUUGAAUAAAUAGGUAUAACAUAUGCCAGGACAUCAAUUAUUACCAAAUCCACAUGUAAAAUUCAUGAAGCAUUUAUGUAAUUUAUGUUUUCAUGGAGAAAUAAAACCAACCAGAGGACAGGAGAUGUAGUUGACAGAAAGCAUACCUAGCCCUGGGUUAAAUCCCCAGCACUGUAUAAAACCAAGUG